UUUUUUUUUUUUUUUUUAUUUUGAGUGUUGGGGUUUCGCGGUCUUUUGUCUUUCGUUCCGUCUGAAGCGUGUUGCCUCUUGUCGUUUGGUUUCGGCAUUUCGGCUCGACCUCCGCGCAAUCGUUCAGUCUACGGUCACUCGCCGAGUCAUCGAUCGUUAUGUCGGACAUUGCUUCAACUGCGAAGAAACGCAAGGCGAUCGACAUGGGCACGAAAUCUGCAAUCCUUCAGGAGCUGAGCGCAGGGGCGAAAAACGGCGACCUGUGCAAGAAAUAUGGCUUAUCGAAGUCCACCAUUUCGACGAUCGCCAAGGAAAAGGAGAAGAUCAUGGCAGCAAUGAGCAUGAAUGGUGACUGCAGUGCUCGAAAACGGCUGCGGCCCGCCGCGUACAAAGACGUCGAAGACGCUCUCUUCAAGUGGUUUCUCGACGCAAGAACUAUGAACGUCCCCAUCAGCGGACCCCUGCUGCUUGGGAAAGCCAGGGACUUCGCGUUUCUCCUGAAUUUCACAGAGUUCAGCCCUGGAAACGGAUGGCUCCAUCGCUUCAAGGAGCGCCACGGGAUUGUUUACAAGUCCAUCGUCGGGGAAGGGGCAUCCGUGGACAUAGAGAGAGCGGAGCAGUGGCUUGCUGACAACCUGGACGAGAUCUACAGCUACAGUGAGCAAGAUGUCUACAACGCGGAUGAAACUGCAUUGUUUUACCAGAUGAGGCCUGUGCGUACGCACGCGUUAAAGGGCGACAAAUGCGUCGGUGGGAAGCACAGCAAGGUGCGGAUAACUGUGCUCCUGUGCUGCAAUGUAGACGGCAGCGACAGGCGCUUGCCGUUUGUGAUUGGAACGGCGAAGAAACCGCGCUGUUUCACCAACCCCCUGCCCGUACGGUACCGAGACAGUGCCAAGGCUUGGAUGACUCGGCAACUCUUUGCCGAAUGGCUCACGGAGCUUGACAAUGCCAUGGUCAAGCAAAAACGAAAGAUCCUGCUGAUCCUGGAUAAUUGCUCAGCUCAUCACGUGAACCCACAGCUGAAUGCUGUGACUUUGAUGUUCCUCCCUCCGAACGCCACUGCCAAGCUCCAACCCCUCGACAUGGGGAUCAUCAGAAAUUUCAAAGUGUGCUACCGCCGCCGCGUCAUCGAAAGGCUGCUCAUCGCAAUCGGCCGACCAAGUGCGCGAGGGCCUCGGCUGACAAUUUCUCUCAUGAACGCGGUGGAAAUGCUGAAGGCCUCCUGGAUGGAAGUCAGGUCUGGCAGCAUCAAGAACUGCUUUCGAAAAGCUGGGAUUUCGUUUUCUCCUGCGGAGCAAUCUCCUGCGGAAGCAAGCCAAGACGAUGCGCAAAGCAUCGACUCGAACCUGUGGACCCAAGCCGUUGCUGCUAGUCUGACAGAGGAAGGGCAGACGUGGGACGACUUCGUUGACGCCGACGAAGAUGUCAUCGUCUCUGAGAGCGCCUCCGAUGAAGCUAUCGUGCGGGAGGUGCGGCAGGACAUCGCGGCGUCCGACGACGAAGAGGACGACGAAGACGACGUCGGCGAUGGGGUUGCUCCCUCACCUCCGGUUUCGACAGCGACGGCUUUGGGGCACAUAGCUUCGUUGAAGCAGCUGGUGUACGCACGGGGACUGAGCGAUGUUCACAUCGAUCAGCUGAGCAACCUGGAGAGCGCUAUAAUUGGAUCUGCACUGCGGAAGCAAACAGCGAUUACGGACUUCCUUGAAUAAACGCCAUGCACAUCGAUCGCAGGUGUUGCGCUUUCCAAUCCGUGCCGUGCUUACUUAUUUAUCUUGAAUUUUAAGGGUAAGUCCAUUUAUAACGAACUUCUCUUUGAGCGAACGCGUUUCGUGUUGUAGAAGGGUUCAUUGUAAGCGGGCUCGACUGUACUUGAGGCCACCAGUAGAUUUCUUUGAUGAGGCCUGCGGUCCUUGUGAUCCCUUGAUGUGUUUUGUGCACUAUCUCGAUGACCUGGUUACGCAGACUGAUAGGCAUGACAAUCUUUUCUGCUUAUAACAGCAACCCAUCCACCUGCGACAGCUGUUCUUGGACUGCGAAGCAGGGCUUGAACCCUGGAGGCAGCUUGUCUUCAGCUGGCCACGUCGACGAGAUGUACUGCAUGACUUGCGGCAGGAUGGGGGCCCUGAGCUGUGUCGUCUUGGAAGUCGCGCUGGUUCAGCGAGGCGCAGACAAUUGAGACCACUUCUUCUGGAAACUUUGGGCCAUUUUCGGUGUCCUUGGCAGGCAGAGAGGACAGUGCAUCGGGGACGGUGUUGUCAGUGCCCUUGCGGUACUCCAUAAGGAAGUUGUAGUUGAACAGGAUCGUCGCGAAGCGAUCGUUGGAACACGACUUUUGCGUGGAAGCAGCCCAAGACGGGAAUCGAACCCUUCAUGUAGUGCACCAAAGUGCGCGGCAGCUUUGAUAACUUGAUGCGGCCACUCCGAUUGAUGCGGUUAAAACUCGCAUCCGACAGAUGAUGCGGUUAAAACUCGCAUCCGACAGAAGGGAAACUUCAGCAUCGGUAUCAAUGAGUAUGGAGAGAGGGAAACGUUCACCUCCACAUCGGCCGUGAAGCUUCGGUACUGAGAACCGGGUCGUUGCUCCGGGCGACCCCACCGUUUAGACGCUGGGUCGCAGCUCGUCGUCGUCAUCUGAGAGCGUGACGACGCCUUGGAAGGGGGUCCUUGUUGGACCAGGCUCUGCUUGCUGACGCUGGUAGUAGUUGCGGACGGAGGCCCGCUGCCCGGCACGAAGGGCCACUUGACGUUGAUCGUGGUCGCCUCUUGAACGACUUCGGCACACGUUGGCGAAAUGUCCCACAUGGCCACAUGAGAAGCACGUAGCUCCGGAUGCCGGACAUUGUUCCCUCGGGUGGCUUCUUCUACAACAGAAAAAUUAUCCUCCCUCUCAAAGGAGAGGACAUGCGCCGGGGGAGGGUCACAUGGGUACGAACUGGCCAACGGGCGAGAGGGAGCUCACGGUUCCCGGUGGUUCAGACGCGGCGGGGAAGGAGGGAAGGGCCGAUCGCGUCUUGACGAAAGAGGGGGAGGCUCGUGUCUCGGAGAAGAGCGAGAGGGCUUGCAUGUCAACUAAGAAAGGGGAGGUCGUUUGCAUCUCGGAAAAGACCCGCGGCGGGGUGGCUGCCCGCCAUUUUGAUCAUCGCGGUUGCGAUGGCGGCCAUCUUGAGUGCUCUGUACCACGUGCGGCGCGUUCGGAGUCGAGUCUAACGACAAGCGUCGGAAGAGAUCGCAAUUACGAGAUGUCCGCACGAACUGCUGCGCUAGCUGGACAGCACGCUCGAGGCUAGGUGCCUUAGCUCUGCCGGUCUCUGAUUAGACGAUCUUGCACUUCCGUGUUACGGGUCCCCGAAAUGAACAUCUCCGCGACGCGGCUUUCCAAAGCCUCGCCGUAACCGCAGAAGAAAGCUAGGCAUUUGAGCGCCUCAAGAUACCCGAGGACGAUCUCACGUGGACCCUGUACCCUCGUGACGAACUCUCUACACUCAACUACGACUUUUUGAGUGGAAGCGAAGUGGGUGUCUAGAAUGGACAACAGAACGUGAAACUCGUCCUGUGCCGCGUUAACGGCUAGACCCGCCAAGUCCAAUGCAUCAACUACGCGAUUUCCUUCCUCUCCUAAGAUGGAUAACAAGAUCGCCCUCUUCCGUUUCGGCGGAAAAUCUUCGUAGUCGGUCGCCUCUAGGUAGUUCAGGAAGCCGCGCUUCCAUGUGAGCCACGGUAUUACCGGGUGUACGGAGGAAGUCGGCAGGAACGCGACCCUGCGCAGCCGCCAUCUUGGACGCAACAAACAAAGGCGCCCUUUCUUUAAAAAAAAUACAUGUCCCGUCUAGACUCGGAGUAUGGCUCGUACAAAAAGAGAAACACUGCGAUGGGUCAUCGUUAUACAAAAAAAAAGAAACAAAAAAAACAGGCUCCCGCCGAGGGACUCAAAGCAGCACCGGCUGCAAAACGUAACUGGCCUAAACGGCAGCAGGUUACGAGAUGCGAAAAAAUAAUCUCAUGCUUGUUUGCCAUAAAUGUAGCAAAUGACGGCCACCCGUGAAAAUGAAGAGCCAAGCCCACGCGGGCCUGCGGAAAAGAUGAGGGUCUUACACGACGAGAUGGUGACCGGCUGGGCCGGGGGCGCGGGAGCCAUGGAAGGAAAGAGACGUCAGGCGGGGUCAACUUCUGAACACAUACUGUUUAUGUAACGGUAAACAACAUGGGGGGUCAAGCACCCUGGGGCCAUUAGUUUGAAGGCUUGGGCCCAAUGGUGGCUAGUGGUGCCACCUGGCAACAGUAGAUCCCUGUGGCAGUUGGUGGUGCCAUCUAUGUAGCGUGGAAACUUAAUUGAGAAAAAUUGAAAUACAACACACACCACACUCUAAAAUUCACUCCUAAUUGGGAACCAUCCCCCUGCUUUUGUUUGUGUCUUGCGUCAGAUGAGAACACCAUUGGCAGUACCUGUUUUAAUGAUUGCCCAAUAUUAAUUUAUGUUUCCAAUAUUGUGUGUGUCCGUAAUACAUCGCUUAACACCUCCGUGUUUACUUCUACCGCAAGGCUUAGGAAUUACGAUAG